AUGACUUUAGUGCUGGGAUACACUCUGGCCACUGCCUGGCUAGCAUUAUGCGCGUGGAGCAUUGGGUACACUGUCUGGCUGGUUGUUUACCGCCUGUGGUUUCACCCUAUUGCGAAAUUUCCGGGCUCCUUCUGGGCAAGAACUACCUUCUGGUAUGAGUUCUACUAUGAAUGGAUCAAGCCAGGAAAGUACUAUGCCCGGAUCAAGGAGAUGCACGAACAAUACGGUCCGAUCAUUCGUGUGACGCCAGAUGAGAUUCACAUCUCGGACCCAUUAUUCUACCACGAGCUCUUCGUUCCUUUCAACGUGAGGAGAACCAAUGCCUACACCAGAUAUGCUCAAGGCACAGGCUUUGAAGAUAUCUUCGCCAUCAUCCACACGCACGAAGGACACAAGGUUAUUCGGGACCCUGUCGAGAAGCUCUACGGAAAGAUCGCUACACAUGAACCACUGGUCCUUGGCUGCACAAAGAAUUUCCGUGCCCGACUCGACCAGGAAAGGGACACCGGGAAAUUGAUCAACCUUUCCCAUGCCUGUCUUUCCCUUGCUAUCGACGUCGCCACAACCGUGACCUUCCAAGCUCCGUCAAACUACCUGGAGGAGCCCACUUUCAACGAGAACCUCUUUAACAUCCAGAAAUCCGGACUGAUGCAUGUCCCACUCUUUGCGCACCUUCCCACCCCAUUGAGAAUGAUCGUGGUGCCUGCGAUCCAGGUGCUGGCGUCCCGUAUUCCCGAGCUGAAGGAGUGGGAUGAGAAAACCCGACGUCAAACCUUCAGAACUGAGCUGCAGGAACCCACCAUGAAGUUACAAGGUCGAGCCAGCAUCUGGAAGCGCGCCAACUUUGCUUCCCGUAUUGGACAGCUCAUCCAACAAAACGGCAUCUUCCACGUCUCCCACACCAUCGAAACCAUCAUUACCCAACUGGCCAUGGACAAGAGCCAACUUCAAAAGCUGCAGGACGAACUCGCCCAAUUCUGGGCAGAAAAGCCCGACAAGGUCACGUCGUGGUAUGCCUUACGCGAAUUACCGUACCUUACCGCGUGUAUCCACGAGGGCCUCCGCUUGGGCGCGGGUUCCAUGAAACGAUCGCCACGAGAAUACCCUGACGACGAGAUCCACUACCAAGGAUGGGUUAUUCCCAAGGGCACACCCUUCUCGAUGACUACAUACUACAUGCACAUGGACCCGACCGUCUUCCCCAAUCCGGACACUUUUAAUCCCGAUCGAUGGCUGGGGGCGGACCCUAAUGGAUUGAUGCAUAAGUACCUGCUCCCAUUCGGAAAGGGUUCGCGGGCCUGUGCGGGGCAAAAUAUCGCGUGGAUGCAGAUGUAUUUUGCGAUCUCGCAGGUAUAUCAGCCCGGUGGGCCGGCAAUUGAGCUGUUCGAGUCCGAUGAGUCGGAUAUCCGUCUUGCGCAUGGCUAUGUAUUCCCCCAACCUAGGCUCGAUUCCCCGGGCGUGAGGAUUUAUGUUCAUGACCCCUAG